GCCGUCUUCUUCCUCGCUCGUCGUCGCGUUCUCUCUCCCAAUUCCUCAGUCGGGAUCGAAUCGUAAUUAGUCGGUAUGCAGUGGCACUAUUUGCACACGCCCAUGAACCGGCCCUGAAUCUGAGUGCGGAUUCAUUGAAAUAAUCGCUUCAAAAGCUCCGGUGAAAAAUAAAAGAAAAAAAAUGCAAUUUUCUAGUGAUCCUGAUCAAGAGGGAGAUGAGCUACCACAAUAUGAACACAUCUAUCAAAAUGACUUCUCAUAUCGAAAGCACAAGAAACAGAAGGAAGAAGAUAUUUCUAUCUGCGAAUGCAAGUUCGAUUUUGGAGACCCUGACAGUGCGUGUGGUGAGAGAUGCUUGAAUGUGAUAACAAAUACGGAAUGUACACCUGGAUACUGCCCUUGUGGUGUCUAUUGCAAGAAUCAGAAAUUCCAAAAAUGUGAAUACGCCAAAACAAAGUUGGUUAAGUCUGAAGGUCGUGGUUGGGGACUAGUGGCUGUUGAAGAGAUAAAGGCAGGACAGUUCAUAAUUGAGUACUGUGGAGAAGUAAUAUCAUGGAAAGAAGCAAAGCGUAGGGCUCAAACUUAUGAAACUCAUGGUGUCAAGGAUGCAUACAUAAUAUCUCUCAAUGCGUCUGAGGCUAUCGAUGCCACGAAGAAGGGAAGCCUUGCUAGGUUUAUAAAUCAUUCAUGUAGACCGAAUUGUGAAACGAGGAAGUGGAAUGUUCUUGGAGAAGUUAGGGUUGGAAUCUUUGCAAAAGAGAGUAUCUCUCCCCGGACUGAAUUGGCUUACGACUAUAAUUUUGAGUGGUACGGCGGUGCCAAAGUCCGUUGUCUCUGUGGUGCAGACUCUUGCUCUGGAUUUCUUGGAGCCAAGUCUCGUGGCUUUCAGGCAAGUCCUUAUGAUAUCAUUCCUAAUAGUUUUUUUUUUCCUCAAAUAGUCUCUGCCUAUUCUUAUGCCUCUCUACCAUUUCAGGAGGAUACAUACGUAUGGGAGGAUGGUGACGAUCGAUAUUCAGUUGAUAAAAUUCCAGUCUAUGAUUCUGCAGAAGACGAGCUUACAUCAGAGCCUUCUAAGAAUGCCGAGUCCAUCAAAAUUGAAGAGAAAGAUAUUUCAACGGAGACCCAUUUGGAGUCUACUUCUCUGAUUGUUCAGCAAUCGGACUCAGCUCCUAUGGAGGAAGAUGUUGUCACGGAAACUGUUAAAACCGAAGCAGCUGAAGAUAUGAAGCUGCUCUCACAAGAUUCACAACAGGAUUUAUCGCAGAAAACCGCAAUUAUAUCACGCGUUCGCGGUAACAGUUACAAAAUUAAGUCUCCGAAGAAAAGAGGCAGGCCGCUUUCAAGCGGAAAGACAAAGAAUGUCGCUCAGAAACACGUUGACAUAGCAAAUGUGGUUCAGCUACUAGCAAGCAAAGAAGCUCAAGAUGAAAUUCUCAAAUACGAGGAGGUGAAGAAGGAAGCAGCAGCACGGCUCUCGUCCUUGUACGAUGAGAUAAGGCCAGCCAUUGAAGAGCAUGAGAGGGAUAGCCAAGACAGCGUAGCAACAAGUGUGGCGGAGAAGUGGAUACAAGCAAGCUGUAAUAAACUCAAGGCAGAGUUUGAUCUUUACUCUUGUGUAGUAAAGAACAUCGCUUGCACUCCGAUCAAACCACAUGAAACGAAGAACAAAGCUGCGGAAGACCAAAGAAAUGAUGACCAGAUUAAGCUCUCGGAAAGCUAAUUAAUGAGUUGGUCGUUGUUGUGUGGGAAUGAGCUUGAAAGGCCCUAAUUGACCUGAAAGGUUAUGAGAUUAAUGAUUAAUUGUGUCGAAAAAGUUUUGAAUUUUUUUUUUCCUUCAA